AUGCCCCUCGAAACCUACUUCCACAUCGCAAGCGAAACAGGCUUGUCAAGUGUGACAUCCCUCAUAGUAGGUACCAAAGAAGCCGUCCUCUUCGACCCGCCAUUCCUCAUCCCCGACGCCAACGACACAGUGACCUGGAUCAAAAAGACACUCAUGGCAGAUCACACCCUCAAAGCUGUCUUUGUCACUCACCACCACCCAGAUCACUUCUUUUCCGCAAACCCUAUCCUUGAGGCAUUUCCCGAAGCUAGCUUCUUCGCUGCUCCUUAUGUGCUAGCUGGAAUCAACAGGGAGUACGAUGAUAAAGUAAACUACUGGCCGUCUAUAUUUGGCAGGGAGAACAUCCCUUUGCAACCACGCAAGGACCCAUUCGAGUAUACGUUCUUUGUGUUAGAUGGGAACCCAGAGUCGCCGGUGCAUUUGUUAGGUCCUGUUCAGGGAGACUCCGUUGAUCAUACUAUUUUCUGGCUGCCGAAAGAGCGAACACUGAUUUGUGGUGAUACGGUAUAUGCGCGCAGUACGCAUGUUUGGGUCGAAGAAGUCGAAUCUGCCGCCCUCUUAGAAGCAUGGCAAAAAACAAUCCAACUCAUCGAACAUCUCAGCCCUCUCAAACUAAUCCCCGGCCACCUCGAAACAGGUUGGGAGCCCGACGUGGCCGCAGACCUGGCGCAUAUGAAAAAAUACCUCUCCUUAUUCGGCGAGAAAAUUACCUUUGCCUCUCACAAGGCAACAGUCGAUGAGCUUUACGAAUUCUUCAAAAAUAGUUUCCCGGAAGCAAAUAAAAACUUGGACUUCUUUUUGGGACAUUUAUCGAAUCAGUUUGGUGAGGGUGGCAAGGUGUGGGAGGAGAAUCGGCAUCAGAAUUCCGGGGAGAGGAGCAAGCAGUCGUUGCAAGGGUAUUGGUUUAGUUAG